UGAUCCUAAAGCAAAUUGCAAAACUACCCAUUACCAAACUAUUCAAACCCCCAGGUGCAGACAGCUAUUGGACAGAGACAAUCGAUGUGGAUUGUUUAAUAGGGUUUAAAUUCAAUAUCAAUAUCAAUAUAUCCAUAUCUUUUGUAAAUAAUCAAAUUAACCUUUUUUAAUUUUUAGGAUUCCAAUUGUACAAUAAGGUUCUCAAGUUAUUGAAAUCUAAAUAUGUACGUCCAGAGCACAUUCACAUCCCAGCACCCUUCAUAUUUUUGCAAUAUGUAUAUUAUUGAUGAGAUAAUCAUUUUAAAAUACAUUUAUUUUGAUGCUAUAUGUAAAGAAUAUUGUGUGUUUGAAAUACUUUUUUUAAAUGCUUCUGCUGUUGGAGAUGACUGUGACUAGAAGUGUAUAGAAGCAACAUUAAAGAAGAGGUUCACACUUUGUCAUAUCUUACCUAAAACAAUGCGCACAUGCCCUUGUUCGACUAAAACAAUUUUGGAUCACUGCAAUUGUUCUUCCUCUCCAUGUUGAAAGUUCCCUUCCGAAUGAGAUUUCAAUGUGAGAGGGAAAAAAAGGAUGUAAAAAAAGGAAUAAGAUACAUUCUAAGGUACUCAAGCCGAUGAGACUUCAGCAGUCAGAGUUAUCCAAAGAAACAUGUAAUCCUUAAGGUAACAGUCCUUUUAUAACAAAAAUCCCUAUUUUUUGUUUCCCCGGACAGUUUCCUAGCUGAGCUGAACAGGAAGGAUAGUGACACAAAGAUGGAAUCUUAUAUUUUUUGAGAAUCUCAAUUGCAACCAUGCCCAUUCUGAAGAAGCUCCCGGGACGAUCCAAGAGCUGCCACGAGUUCCCCAGAGUGAACGGUGAACUGAUCCUGCCUCGGCUGGACUUGGACCUCAGGGACUUGAAUGAGCUUAAUGAUCUGAAGGAUCUGAACAAGAACCUGAACCCCUUUGAGGAUGUGGACCUGGAUGAGGAUGAGAGAAAAGGAGGUGAUGUGGGCCUCAUCAUGGGGAAGGUCAGGGAUAACCUCCAGCUCAGGACCUCCCGUGAUGGAGAAGAGGAGGAAAAUGAGGUGAAUGCAGAGAGGCACGGGGCAGGGAACCCUAAAGGGAAACCCCUCAGAGGGACCCUGGAGCGGAUCUGUGGAGUGUCUCCCCUCAAGACCCUUGGAAAACUGGGGAAGGGGCUCCGCAUUUCGGGACGCAAUGUAUGGGGUAACAACUACCCCCACUACAGCCCUGGAGACUCAAAUACGCUCCCCCCUGAGAGGGAGAAAAAGAAAGGGCUACGCAGAGGCUCAGAGGGAAUUAUGACCCUACUCCGCUUUACAGGUCGGCGUAAGGAGGAGCGCAGAGAAAGCUUGCCCUGUGGGGACCUGAGCACAGACAGUGAGGUGGAGGCUUCCAGACGCCCCUCCUUCCUCAAGAUGGUCAGUUUGGGCAAGCUGAAGAGGGAAUCCAUGUCAGACAAGGCCUCCCAAGAGGCAGAGGAGGAAUCCAUGGAUGAGGAGCCGGUGGUGAAAACCAGAGAGCCCCUCUCAGUCCUGGAAAUCCUGCAGUUGGUCAACCACAGGGACCUUCUCCUGGCAGACACACACAUUCAGGAGUUGGAGCGAGAGUGUGAGCUGCUGUCUCACCUGCCAACCCAAACUACAUGUUCUCCCAUCCUUUCUCCCACACUAUGUCCCAGCACCCAUCCCGGCAUGAUCCACUUCACGUCCUCAUCCAUUGAUGACUCCCUCAGCUCCAAUGCAACGCUGGACUCGGGCCGGCGGAAGGCUAAGGAUGUGGAGCUCCUGUAUGAGGCCCUGCAGAAGGAAAUGUGGGACGUAGUGCGGGAGUCCCUCCGCCAGCCCAGUGCUGGUCCCAAUCUUGGCCUCGUGGUACUGGUGAUCCAACAGGAGGAGCAUGCUGACGCUGCCUGGGCCCUGAGAGAGGUGACCAAGCCGGAGCAAGAGGCUCCGCAGAUCCAGCCCAGUCAGCGGCCCCGCCAGCUGAAGAUGAAGUGGAGAUUUGCUGUGGCGGAGGCCGCAGACUGGAGCCUGCCGCAUCAGGUUGAUACCCAGGCAGGACAACUGGCCUCAUACCUGGACCGCCUGAGGAGCAGAAUGGUGGAUGACCUUGAUGCAGCAAGGAGGAAUGCUGUGUCCAUUUAUCCAGAGGAGUUUUCGGCCUUCCAGGUGUACUUGGAGAGCUACCAUCGAGCCGUGGCCAAACGUCUUCGGACUAUAACCUGUGGCCCACUGCAAAUUACAGAUGUCUACUCACUGCUGGACUGGUUCUACAACAUCUACAACAGGGAUGUUCUAGGAACAAUUGGCACAACCACACCUAUCAACUAUUCCCCCCUGGAAGCCAUUCUGCCUCAGGACACAGUGGACAGGCUCGAGCAGGACUGCAUCAGUAUUGUCAGGGACAAUGUGACAUCAGAGCUUCAUCAGGUUCUGGAUGAAGAGGAGAGGCGAUGGGCUCAGACUCUGCAUAUAGAGGAGUAUCAGUCACACCUAGCACGUUCUGUCAUCCAGAGGCUAAAAGUGGAUUUGGAAAGAUCCACAACUGUGAACCAGUUUCUAGGGGCAAGAGUGGCUCGCUGUAGUCUCACCGGAUUGGCUGACUUUCUCUAUAAUUUCCAGAGAAAGGUGGAGAUGUUUCAUGACACUCAGGCAGAAUUUGGAGACCGAGGGGAUGGAUAUGUUUCCAGGACCAUAGCUCUUGUCAACUGCUGCCCUCCUCUCAGAUCCUUUGUGGAGCGCUGCAGGCAGUGUGACGCACAGGGCAGCGAGGAGUCAGCGCAGAGAGCCAACUCCUCCCUGGACAGGAUCCUCAACCAGUCAGUGAGGGUGCUGACGGACAGACUGUUUGAGCACAUCAGGCCUUUCUUUGACAAACUGAUGAAGAGAAAAUGGCUGAACAACACAGAGGCCUUUGAGGCCAUUGAAGCCAGCAUUAAACACCAUUUCAAGAAGUUCAGGCGGAUGGACUCUCCACCAUAUCAGACGCUGGUGGGUGAGGUGCACCGGCGCGUCCUGGUAGAGUAUGUCCGAGCCAUCAUGCGGGGACGGGUCAUCUGCACAUCCUCCAAGAUGAGGAAGAGGAUGGCUUUCCGUCUGCAAGAUGAGGCCAAACAGCUGAAAGGACUCUUUAAAGAUCUGGAAUCAAGCUCAUCCUGGUUGGACAGCAUCAUCUGCCACUUAGCUGACAUCAUUCUCCUGGAGGACACUCCCUCCAUCCAGAUGGAGGUUGCUGUCCUGGUGAAAGAGUUUCCAGAUAUACGGAAGAAGCACGUCUCCACCCUGCUGAACAUUCGGGGGAUGAUGCGGCAGGCGGAGCGCCAGGAGAUCCUCAACAUCGUCAGAGACUUUGAGUGCAGAAGUGCCCUCAUGUGCCGUGACCACGCCCUCUUUUCUGACAUCCCGAUCACCUCGGAGGUGCACUGCAUCAGCCUGGGUCUCCUGCGCCUGGCCAUGACCGUCUCCAACUGGUUCUCAGAGCACCGUCCAAGGAGAAACCGCAGGACAAGUGCCAGGAAAGCAGCACCUCAACCUGCCGAGAAUUUGGAAGAUGCAAACAAACCUCACAGAGAAGACUAGCUGAUGGUGUUUGUUAGGAAAGCAGUCACAGACGUGCUGUGAAGAUAUUAAAGAGAUGUACAUGCACCUUGACCACAAACUGUACCAAAUAUUGUUACCAGACAUUUCAGGAAACUUGACCUCAGGUACUGCUCGUACUGUACACGCUCACUUACUUACUGACAUUUCUCCAUCGAACCCUUUUUAAUGGAAAUGUGAAAUGUAAUGUUAUCAUGAUUGGCAGUUGUUUUAUUCUGACCUAAACAAGAACAGAAAUACAUAAGUGACAUAAAAUAUCCUCAAAAUGUAACUUCUUAAAUCUUCUUAAGCCUGCACACCACUGCAGAAACAACUGCCAGCAGAUGCAGUGCAAUAUGAUCUAGGGUGUUUGCUGUUUAACAUGUAUUUACCCAACCAUAUAUACCCAUUCUCUGGUAUAUAGUGCAUAUGUAUGUGAGGAAAUAGUGUAUGGAAAUGUGUCGAACUGUCACUGUGAAUGAAAUGGAUCUGUUGCUGGAACCAUAAUAAAAACCCAUUGACUGGGUAGAUUAAACCGA